AUGGAAUCACGAGAAUAGAUUAUUUAAAAAGAAGCAUAGAUUUAACUACUAACAAAAGUAUUUAAAUAGGAUCAAAUUUGUUUCAAGAAAUGUAUCAAAGUAGCAGAGAAAAGAUUAACAGAAGAUUAAGAAAAAUGCUUAAGUAAAUGCUCAAUUAAUUUACAAAAGAAAUUUGCAAUAAUAAAGUUUAAGUAGCAUAUGAUUUUUUACAUAAAUUAAACGAUAAAGCAUUAGAAUGA